GAGCGCCGCCGGAAGCGGAAACAGAGCCUUGUCACUCUCCUCCAGGAACCGGAGUCAUGGUGGACGUUAAAGAUGCGCUGUUGUCUGUCCUGCCGACUAUCCGGCUGCCCAGGGCUGGGGACCGAGUACACAAGGAUGAGUGUGCCUUCUCCUUCCAUACACCGGAGUCUGAUGGCGGAUUAUAUAUCUGUAUGAAUACCUUCCUGGGGUUUGGCAGACCGUAUGUAGAAAAAUACUACAACAAGUCUGGCCAGAGAGCGUUCCUGCACCUGAAGAGGACCGCCAAACCGAAAUCUGAUGACUCCAGUUCUAAUACAGGUGACCCCCCUCGCAAGAAGCCCACCCGCCUCGCCAUAGGGAUGGAGGGCGGAUUUGACAUGUGUGAUGAGCAGUGUGAGUAUGAGGAAGAGGUGAAGAUGGUCAUUCUGCCCGAGUUCCUGGAGAUUCAGCGGGACGGACUGUUGGAACUCCCAGAGAUGGUCAGGGACCGGGUGUCCUCUGCCAUUGAUGCCAUCUUAGCUGCCGACUCUGCUUCUCGUAAGCAGGAGAUUCAGGCAUGGGACGGGGAGGUGAGGCAAGUCUCCAAACACGCGUUCAGUCUCCAACAGCUUGAGGGGGCUCCCCGUAUCCCUCCUUGCGGCUGGAAGUGCAGCGUGUGCGACCUGCGGGAGAACCUGUGGCUCAAUAUGACAGACGGAGCCAUCUUUUGUGGAAGGCGGUACUUUGAUGGCAGUGGAGGGAAUAACCACGCAGUGCAGCAUUACAGGGAGACCGGGUACCCGUUGGCUGUCAAGCUAGGCACAAUCACUCCAGAUGGAGCUGAUGUUUAUUCCUACGAUGAAGACGACAUGGUGCUUGACCCCAACCUGGCGGAACAUCUGGCUCACUUUGGGAUCGACAUGAUGAAGAUGCAGAAGACCGACAAGACGAUGACCGAGCUGGAAAUUGAUAUGAACCAGAGAAUUGGCGAAUGGGAGCUGAUCCAAGAAUCAGGGGUACAGCUGCAGCCAUUGUAUGGACAGGGGUACACAGGGAUCCGCAACCUGGGCAACAGCUGCUAUCUGAACUCAACGAUGCAGGUUGUGUUCAGUAUACCGGCCUUCCUGCGCAAGUAUGUGGAGCGAAUGGAUCAAAUAUUCCAUAAGGCACCAGCUGAUCCCACGCAGGACUUCAGCACCCAAGUAGCGAAGCUCGGCCACGGGUUGUUGUCUGGAGAACACUCAAAGCCGGGAACUGAGAAAGAGGGCGAGGAGCAGAAGGGCAUACAGGACGGCAUUGCACCACGUAUGUUUAAAGCACUUAUUGGAAAAGGACACCCCGAGUUUUCCACCAACAGGCAGCAGGAUGCCCAGGAGUUCUUCCUACACUUCAUAAACAUGGUGGAGAGAAAUUGCCGCAGCUCUUCCAAUCCCAAUGAGGUUUUCCGGUUUUUGGUGGAGGAGAAGAUUAAAUGUCUGGUGUCUCAUAAAGUGAAGUACACGCAGAGGGUGGAGUAUAUCCUGCAGCUGCCUGUCCCCAUGGAGGCCGCAUUAAACAAAGAUGAGCUCGCUGCCUAUGAGCAGGCCAGACAGCAAGCAGAGCAGGAUCACCGGCCCCCUCCUGAGCUAGUCAGAGCACGAAUUCCAUUCACAUCCUGUCUAGAAGCCUUUGCAGCCCCUGAGCAAUUGGACGAGUUCUGGAGCGCCGCCCUGCAGGCCAAGUCUACUGCACUCAAGACGUCCCGCUUUGCCUCAUUCCCCGAUUAUCUGGUCAUCCAGAUUAAGAAAUUCACCUUUGGUCUGGACUGGGUUCCAAAGAAAUUGGACGUCUCAAUUGAUGCCCCAGAGGAACUGGACCUGUCUCAAUUUCGGGGUGGGGGUCUGCAAGGGGAUGAAGAGGAACUUCCAGAUGUAGCUCCCCCUUUGGUGACCCCAGAUGAGCCCAAAGGUAGCCUUGGUUUCUAUGGCAACGAUGAUGACGACUCGUACUGCUCCCCUCACUUCUCCUCUCCGACAUCUCCCAUGCUGGACGAGUCGGUGGUCACGCAGCUGGUGGAAAUGGGAUUCCCAGCCGAAGCCUGUCGCAAAGCAGUUUAUUACACGGGCAACAGCGGCGCAGAAGCCGCCAUGACGUGGGUGAUGUCUCACAUGGACGACCCAGACUUUGCUCAUCCUUUAGUUUUAUCCGGGGUCAGCGCUCCACCUUCAGUCCCCACAGGAGGAGACCCUCCAUCUGAGGAGCACAUAGCCACAAUUAUAUCUAUGGGCUUCUCCCACGAGCAAGCAGUGAAGGCUCUCCGCUCUACAAGCAACAGUCUGGAGCGAGCAGUGGACUGGAUCUUCUCGCACAUCGAUGACCUGGAUGCUGAAGCUGCUAUGGACCUGUCAGAAGGACGCUCCGUGGCAGAAUCCGUGUCCGAGAGCCUCCCUGCUGCCGGGCCUCGCGUCAAAGAUGGGAAUGGCCGAUAUGAGCUGUUCGCAUUCAUCAGUCAUAUGGGAACGUCCACCAUGUGCGGUCACUACGUAUGUCACAUAAAGAAAGACGGACGGUGGGUGAUCUACAAUGACCAGAAGGUCUGCGCAUCUGAGAAGCCUCCAAAAGACCUUGGCUACAUUUACUUUUACCAGCGUGUGCAGAGCUAAUCCCCCCUCCCCUCACGGUCUGUGUCCCUCCUUGGCGAGGAUUGUGGGAUAGAUGGUUUCCUGGUUCUCAUCUUCAAGGUUUGGUGCGGCUUUAUUCCGAGGUUAUUGCUGCAAGAUGUUCCUGUCCUUGGAUUCUCCCAACCCUCCAUUCCCAUUGCUGCACUCUUUCCCCCCCCAAUAUCUUCAGCAGAGAAUGGGUCUGGCGUAUUGGACGGUCAGGCGGUGUCUGCUUCUGCAUUGGGGGCAGGACUCGGGGGUGGAGAUCCGAUACCAGGAUCCGUGUGCUCAGUCCUGGGGUGCAGGGGUUUCUCUCGCAGUAGUUGGCUGGUUUAUGUGUUCACAAAACCGUGUGAAUAAAGUUUUUCUCUCCCCAUA